AUGAAGUUCCUCGGUCUCCUCAACCUCGUCGCGCUCGUCAGCGCCGUUCCCACCCCCACCAUCAAGGAUGAGGCCGGCAACGUCCUCGCCAAGCGUGCCUCCAUCACUGAGAGCUGCAACAUCGGUUACGCCACUCAGAACGGCGGCACCACUGGUGGAAACGGCGGCUCUGUGACCACCGUCUCCUCCCUUGCCCAGUUCAGCGCUGCCGCUGAGUCCACUGGCAAGAAGGUCAUCUACGUCAAGGGCACCAUCUCUGGCGCUGCCAAGAUCCGCGUCAAGUCUGACAAGACCAUUGUCGGUGCUGCCGGUGCCACCCUCGACGGUGUCGGUCUGUACAUCAACAAGCAGUCCAACGUCAUUGUCCGCAACCUUGCCAUCAAGAACGUCAAGGCCAGCAGCGGUGACGCCAUCGGCAUCCAGGCCUCCAAGAACGUCUGGGUCGACCACUGCGAUCUCUCCUCCAACAAGAACAACGGCAAGGACUACUACGAUGGUCUCCUCGACAUCACCCACGCCUCCGACUUCAUCACCGUCUCCAACACCUUCCUCCACGACCACUACAAGGCCUCGCUUGUCGGCCACUCUGACAGCAACUCCAAGGAGGACACUGGCAAGCUCCACGUCACCUACGCCAACAACUACUGGUACAACGUCAACUCGCGUGCCCCCUCUGUCCGAUUCGGCACCGUCCACAUCUUCAACAACUACUACCUUGACAUUGGUGCCACUGGUGUCAACUCUCGCAUGGGUGCCAACGUCCUUGUUGAGUCCACCACCUUCGAGAACGCCAAGACUGCCCUCACCUCCGUCGACUCCAAGACCACUGGCAAGAUCACCGCCAAGGACGUCUCCCUGGGUGGUGCUGCUUCCAACGCUCCCGCUGGUUCCAUGUCCAGCAAGGACAUCCCCUACAAGUACACUCUUGUCGGCAGCGGCAAGGCCAAGAGCGCCGUCUACGGCACUGCUGGCCAGACCCUCAAGCUCUAA